AGCUAUAAAAGCCAUUGCCGGAGCUGUCUUUGUCAGUGGCAGAGCUAUAGAGAAUCAAGAAGGAGGAACAGAGUGGACUAAUAUAUCGGAUCUCCACUCACACAGGCUCUACUAGGAUUCAGAUACUGGAGAAUUGGAAAACAGAAGCCAACACCUGACACAGCAGCUCUUUGGUACUGCCACUGAGUUUCAUCAUCCAGGACUUUAGGAGAUUCUAUGUGAGUUUGAGAGAGAACUUUGCUUCACUAUCUUUGCUGAGAAAGAGCCUCUGACAGAAGAGGAGGCACCAAAGAGAGAGAGAGGAGAACUUUGGUACGCGAAAAGAGACGAAGGAGCAAAACAACUGCUUUUCACACCUGCUUUCACACUCAGUGCUCCACACAUGGCUGUUGUCCGUCAGAUGCCCAUGGAGACCCAGGGCUUCCACCACAUGGCUGCUGUCCGUCAGAUGCCCAUGGAGACCCAGGGCUUCCACCACAUGCUGCCUGCCCACCUGCUCUCCUCGACCAUGGAGGAGUUCCCCCAGCAGCUCCCCGUCCCCAAGAGGCCCGCUCGUGGCAAGAGCCGCUCCCGGCGGCCCCGUGAGGCCCGCUUUAAGACCCAGCCCGUCACCUUCGCCGAGAUCGCCGAGGUGGAGGAGGAGGGCGCCUCGCCCCUGGAGGAGGAGAGGGCGCGCCGGUCUUUCCUGCAGUCCCUGGAGAACCUUCGCAGGAGCACACAGGCUCUCUACUGCCCGACGACCGGCCGCCGCACGGCCACGCCCCCACAGCAAAGCCUUGACUCCAGUGACUCUGACACUGCCCAGUGAGGGGCGGGGCCUGAGGAGAAGUAGAAAAAGGUGUACACCGCCUUCCUGGCACUUACACACGCCCCCUUUUCCCUCUAAUAUUGCUUCACACGGGGGCCCAAUGAACUGAACUGGACUGGACGGAUCUCCAAGCUGCUCCUGUGUGUAAAGAGGCCAUUCUUCUUGAAAAUAUAUGUUUCUACAUACAAGUAUACUGUAUAUUAGCAUAUCGAUAUACACUGAGUAUACAAAACAUUAAGGACACCUGUUCUUUCCAUGAUAUAGACUGACCAGGUGAAUCCAGG